AAGAAGAUGACGUCAUUGAAAGCGCGUACGCUACGACGCUACGGUGUUUCGACCCACCGACGUGAGGUUUAGACUUGGUUUAAUUGAGUUUGAUUAAUUUGCGUUUUUUAUUUAUUUCAUAAGCCGGGACCAAAAGUAUAAAGCAGAAUAAUGGCUGCUGUGUUGUUGAUAAUAACAGCUGCAUUUGCCGGAUAUAUACUUCUUUAUUACAACAUGUGUAGAGGAUCCAGGUGCAGAAGUACAGCAAUGUUAAAAGGAAAGACUGCUGUAGUCACUGGUGCCAACACUGGCAUUGGAAAGGAAACUGCCCUGGAUUUAGCCAAACGAGGGGCCAGGGUUAUUCUUGCCUGCCGAAGCCAGGAAAAAGGCGAGGCGGCUGCUUUUGACAUCCGAAGGGAAAGUGGAAACCCAGCUGUGCUGUUCAUGCAUCUGGAUUUGGCCAGUCUUAAGUCCGUGCGUGAUUUUGCUGAGACAUUACUCAAGACUGAGCCCAGACUGGACCUGCUCAUCAACAAUGCAGGACUGAUGGUAGCAGGAAGAACUGAAGAUGGCUUUGGCAUGGUGUUUGGGGUGAAUCACCUGGGUCACUUUCUUCUCACUUUGCUCCUGCUGGAUCUGCUGAAGUCAUCUGGGCAAAGUCGAAUCGUCAAUGUGUCCUCAGGGCUGCAUCGCCUGGGCUCUGUGGACUUCAGCACUCUCAGCACACACAAGGAUUUGGUGACAGGACAGUCACUGUGGCACUGCUUCAUGGCCUACUGCCAUAGCAAACUCUGUAAUGUGCUGUUUACCCGAGAACUGGCCAACCGUCUAGAGGGGAGCAGUGUGACCUGCUAUAGCCUGCAUCCUGAUUGGAGAGCAUGUGACAGCUGGGGUCUGGAAGAUGACGAUUGGGAUGAUUGUGAGACAAGAUGGCAAAAAGUCAGUCGAGAGAUGGCGAGAGUCUAGAUGAGGGUGGCUGCAGCAGUGUUGGGAGACUGAGCAAUUGGUCACUAAAGGUAAAGAAGAGAUCACUGUGAAAUAGGAGGGUGUUACAAUUCUGUCUGAAGAAUGAAGCAGAAGAAAGGUUGAGUACUUAUAGAGAGUUACAAAAUGACCAGUUAUGUAUAAUUAGUGUGAUUAUUCUUCCAUAGCCUCUAUCAUGGAGGUUACCAUGGUGAAAAAUGAUUAGAAGGUAGGCAGGUUAAAGAAUGGGAUGUUUGUAUUGUAAGAUGCUUCUUGGUUUUAACAUUUGCUUAGCAAACAGUCAUAAACAUUGUCCAUCAUGCAAUGUACAAUUUAACAAAAUAUUAUCAAACAUUUUUUCUGGCUAUCAUGCAAAAUUUUCCACUGGGUUGUGCAAGAUCAUUAAGUAUAUCAUGAAAUUCAUUGUUGUUUUUUUUUUUUUUUUUUAAAUUCUGAAGAAAAAUCUCCUAAAAUCUCCAUAAUGAUGCCUUCAUGGUUUUGCACCAUGAACCAUACAAUAAUUUUUUCACAAUUUAAUACUAACCUCUGUAUCUACAAAUGUAUUUAAAUGUUCAUGGCAAAUUUAUUAAUCAAUCCUGGAAUUAGAGUUAAAAUGGGACAAUUAAGCAGAGAGUCUGCAGUGGCCCUUAAAUAAAUGUCAAAUGAAAAACAUUGAAUCUUUUUCAAGGCAUCUAAAUGGAUGGGUUGAAGGUAACACUGAUGGCCCACUUGAGAGAGAAUGAGCCUGCUCUUUUAAAAGAUAAUAGAAAUAGCACAUCGAUUCGGGCAUAGGACUGUUUGCUGCAGUGAUUGCUUAGUCUCAAGAAACAGAAUCAAAACAGUUUUGGGUCGUUUGAACCACAUCUAAUUACAUUUCUACCAACUAACCUGUCGUCAGUAGAUAAUGUCAGACUCUCCAGGAGUUAACUUACUGAAUAUUUAUCUUUACUUUACUGAGCCUCAACGAUAAAAAACACAAUCAUAUGUACAUAAAGCUGUAACUGAAGAUGAAUACAUUAUUCUGAAUUAAUGUCAAACAGAAACAAAUACAAAGAGGAGUACUGUAUUUUAAUGUAAGUAUGAAUGAUCAGAUAUGAAGCUGCUGAGACAAAAUAAACAUUGAUUACUAUGAUUUAUUCACUACUUAUCUGCAUAGUCAAGGUGGUUGGAAUCAGUCUACUUUUUUUGCUUUGCAAAAUAUUGUAAGCAGUAACCAACAAAAAUGAUAAAUGUUCAAGUUGAAUACAAAAAAAUGCACACUGCUAAUUAAGACUAAUUAUGAACCCAGCUGAGCUUUCACACACUGUUCUGACAGAUCUGGCAUUUCGACCUCUUAUUGAUUACUUUUGUAGUAUUUCUAGGAGCAUAAACACCACCUUCCAGUCUGGGUUCAAAUCCAAAUACAGUUCCAGGUCCAGAUAUUUGGACCACAAAACUAGAGAAUAUAGUUGUUUUCAUCUAUAACGAAAAUGCACCACAUGUACAGUACCUUGCAUGCACACAUUGGAAGGAUCAAAGUGAAGAGC